GGGUCCCCUUCUCUGAGGGCAUAUCCUCUCAUCUCCGUCAUCACCAGGCAGCCCUCUGUGGUCCCUCACCUCGUCCCCGCUGCCACCAGCUCCCGUGUGCUGCCAGCCCAGCCCUCCUCAGGGACCGCAGGCUCGGAGACACUUGCCAGCGAGACCCAUGCCAGCAGCGAGUCGGAGGCAGAGCAGCCCACGCCUCGGUUAAAAAAGCCACGCCGGAGCAGGACCAUCUUCACGGAACUCCAGCUGAUGGGCUUGGAGAAGAAAUUCCAGAAGCAGAAGUAUCUGUCUACCCCUGACAGGCUUGAUUUAGCCCAGUCGUUGGGGCUGACGCAGCUCCAGGUGAAGACGUGGUACCAAAACCGUCGGAUGAAGUGGAAGAAAAUG